AUGUUAUACAAAGAUUUGCCUGAAGAAAAAAAGGCAGAAAUUCGUCGAAAAGCUAGAGAAAGAUAUGCUCAGAAAAAAGCUGCGAAGAGUAGUUUGAUUGGGCUAUUAAAUUUAGAGCCAUCCAACAUAGAUCAAGUCAUUACAUCUAUUGAUAGAACAUCCAAUGAUUAUCAGUCACAGAUCUGGAAUGCCGAAAAUUGUAAUUUCCAACAGACACAACAGAAAAGAUGUCGUAUUUCUGUUAUUAACAACAACAGUGAUGGAAUUUCUUCCUUGCAAGGAGCAUCUGUUUCUACAGACAUCAAUCUCUCAAUGACAGAUUCAGAUGAAUCUACAUUUUCAAAUUCUAUGUCAGACUCUCCGAUGAUUCUAAAUUCUUAUUUAGAUUCAUCCAAUGAAAGUUCAACAAAUGCACAGAUUCAAACACAAAUAUCUGAACAUUUAACAAUCCAACAGAAUAAUCUUCUCGCUCAAAUAGGAUCCUUCUAUUUUGCAAAUACAAUCAGCUUUUCAAAGGACCUCAACGACGACAUAUUUAGACAUUGUAAAGCAAAGAAAUUUUUCCAUGAAACCAACAACUUCUGCUGUGCUGAUGGAUCAAUCUCUUUGGCAACAAAUGCUGUUCCUGAACAACUGUAUAGACUGUUUGUUUCAAACGAUCCUAAGUCUAUCCAAUUUCGGACAUACGUUCGAACAUACAAUAAUAAAUUUGCUUUUACAUCUUUUGGAGUUAAAUUUGAUAGAAAUUUGAGUCAGAGAAACAGAAGUAUCUAUACAUUUCGAGUUCAAGGUCAGAUCUAUCAUUAUCUUUCUGAUUUAAUUCCUUCAAACGGUCGGCCUUCAAAUUUACAGUUAUAUUUCUAUGAUAUUGAACAUGAAUUCGAAAAUCGUAUUGUUGAUUCAACAAGAAUGGAUCCAUCAAUUAUUGCACAGCUCAUGGAUAUUCUUCGUGUCAAUCCAUAUUGUACAUUUUUCCGUUCUCUUGGGGAUCUACCAAGUUUGGAAUAUCAAAAAAUACGCAUCAGAUCUGAUCCUGGUUUAGAUCAACGAGUAUACAAUGCUCCUACAUCAUCAGAAGUUGCAGCAAUUUGGGUUGAAGAUGACACUCUAGAGCAAGUAACACCUCGUGACAUCUUUGUUUAUAACCAUGUUGGUGGAAGUCACAUAGUUCAAUAUUAUUUUGGAUGUUAUGAUCCACUUCAAUAUCCAUUGUUAUUCCCUUUUGGCGAUAUUGGAUGGCAUCAAGGUAUACAAAGAAUCAACAGACGAGGAGGAUCUAUAUCUAAUCAUACUCAUCCUGCACAAUCAAUUGAUCCACACCAAUCAAUAUCUGCAGAAGAAUUACUUAGACGAGAAGAACAAGUGUUGAGGAGAAACAGAAAAGAUCCAUUUGUUUCAUGCCGUGAAUACUAUUGUUAUAAAUUACAAAUCAGAGAAGAUGUCAAUUCAAUUCUUCUACUGUCUGGUCGAUUGUUUCAACAAUUUGUUGUUGAUAUGUAUAUUAAAAUUGAAACAUCAAGAUUAGAUUAUUUUCGCAGUAAUCAACAACAUAUUCGAUCUGAAUUGUAUCAAGGCAUUGUAGACAGUAUCAGUGUUGGAGAAACAAAUGCUUCUAGAAUUGGAAAACGCUUGAUUCUACCAUCAUCUUUUAUUGGAGGUCCAAGAGAUAUGCAAAAAAGAUACAUGGAAGCAAUGACUUUAGUUCAGCGGUAUGGAAAACCAGAUAUCUUUCUAACAAUUACAUGCAAUCCAAAUUGGAAAGAAAUCUCAGCAGAGUUGAAACCACAUGAAGAGACUCAAAAUCGUCCUGAUUUAAUAGCUCGAAUCUUCAGAGCAAAAUUAGAAGAAUUGAAGUAUCAACUAUUCAAACGAGAGAUAUUUGGAAAAGUUUCAGCGUAUGUUUAUGUCAUUGAACAUCAGAAAAGAGGACUUCCGCAUGCACAUUUUUUGAUCAUCUUACAUCGAGAUUGGAAAUUAUAUACACCAGAAUCUUUUGAUCAGAUUGUUUCUGCAGAAUUACCUGACAAAGACAAGAAUUUGCAUCUAUAUACAGCUGUUAUAAAACAUAUGAUGCAUGGACCGUGUGGAGCCUUGAAUCCAACAAACGUGUGCAUGAAAAAGAAUGGUCAUUGUAAGAAUAAUUAUCCAAGACAUUUCGUGCCAAACACAACCAUUGGGAAUGAUUGUUUUCCAAUAUAUAAACGAUCUAACGAUGGAAGAACUGUGAAAAUCAGAGGUCAUGAUUUAGAUAAUCGUUGGGUUGUUCCAUACAAUUCUUAUUUGCUUGCAAUGUUUGACUGUCAUAUUAAUGUAGAAAUUUGUUCUACAAUAAAGGCAGUUAAAUAUCUUUACAAAUAUAUUUACAAAGGUCAUGACCGUGUUGCCUUUAAUUUGGUUUCUGAACAACCAAAUCAACAAAUUGAUGAAAUUCAACAAUUCCAAUCAGCUCGAUGGAUUGCUCUGCCAGAAGCAAUGUGGAGAAUAUACGGAUUUAUUAUCAAUGAAGUACAUCCAGCAGUUUACAGCUUGCAUUUACAUCUUGAAAAUCAGCACCAAGUAACAUUUCGAGCACAUGAAAACUUGAACAAUGUGAUCAGUUCUGAUCUUUCUGCAAAAUCAAUGUUAACAGAAUUCUUUUCAACAAAUCGAGUUGAUGAAAAUGCCAUAAAGUUGUUGUAUAAAGAAUUUCCAGAAUUUUAUGUUUGGAGUCAACAAUACAAAAUGUGGACAGUUCGAAAGAAACAGAUUGUUAUAGGCUGA